AUGAAUGACACUCUAUGUGAAAAAAUUGAUUUUUUGAGGAAGCAUUUACCUGAUGACUUGAAAAAAACUACAUCAAUUGAUAUUGAUGAUAAUUCGAAUUUCGUAAAAUACUGCCCUGAAAACGUUUCAGGAGACAAAAUAUGUAAUACUUAUCUCGAUAAAAUUACGGCUGGAUUUUUAUGGUUACUUGGAGAAUGUUAUUCUACAGUAAUAGAUAAAAGUUAUAAAGAAAAUAAUACUAAUGCAUUUUUUUUAUAUAUGAUUUCAUGGUUUAGUUACAAAUUGAAUCAAAUAACAGGGAACAAAUUCACUAAAAUAAAUGAUUUGUAUACUAAUCAUGUAAAAAAUAGUGGUAAAUAUAAAACAUUUAUAACUGAUGCAUAUAGAAUUGGAAAUCUUGAGGAAUUCAUGAGAGAACGAAAUGAUUUGCUGAAUAUUGACAUUGAAGAUCUGUCUAAAUUUUAUGAUGCAUUCAAAUUAUUAUGUAAUAUUCAUGGUAAUUUUGCAAGGAAUGAACAUGACACACUGUCAAAUAAUAUUACUAGUUUUAUUGAGAAAUAUACAGAGCUUAACAAUAACUGUAAUAUUGAAGGUACCCUACAUAAUCAAAUAUUGUCUGCUUUAUCAACUGAUUAUAAUAAUUUAAAAAAUGAUCAUAAAGAUUUUCCAUCCAUUCCAGAGAUAGAAACAAAAUUUUAUGCACAAACAUCUAGAGUUACGUCAUUAAGUUCGUCGACAGGAAAUAAAUUAUUUCUAGUUUUAUCGAUAUUUGGUGCAAUAGCAUUUUUUUUAGGAAUUUCUUAUAAGUAUUCGUUAUUUGGAUUUCGGAAACGAGCUCAAAAACAAUAUUUAAGAGAAAAAAUAAAAAAUAUAAAGAAGAAACUGAAUCAUUAA